AUGGCUGCCCACAACGCCGAUUACGCUCGCAGUGCGUCGAACCAGAACGACCAUCCGGACGAGAAACAUUAUUCCAAAGAAUCUUUUGUGAAAGACAUUGAAGAGUGGAUUGACAAAUUAAAUGAAGAGAACGGAUUCCACAUCGUGAACACCUGGAGCGCAGUCCUCUAUUACGGUGUGGUUGCGAACGACUGUUUCGUUCCCUACUAA